AUGAGUUUAGCCAAUAGUGUCCACUCUCAUAAAUAUAUCACAUGCGAUUGCGAAAGCAUAUGCCUACGUGUCCACAAGAAGCAUGACUGCAAGUGUCAUCGUAAUUCCUAUGAUCGCGUUUCCAAAUGCUUUGAUUUGAAUGAACAACACUAUUAUAUUCGACCACAAGGCAUUGAAAUUAGUUCCCCAAGUCAAGUUGGCGUUCUUUCCAACAUAGACUCUUGCUAUGACCUCGUUUGCCGAAAUUGUAAUUGUGCCUUCAGAGUUAUCACUUCCAGAAAAUAUGCUCAAUUACAGAUAAUCCAAAUAGGAGAGCAGAAUCGACAGAAUUAUAUUCAUUCAUCUUGUACUUUAAAAAAUACAUUCCCAUUCCAGCUCAGACCAUUUAUUAAGAUCAAUAAUUUAUCACAGUCUUUACCAUUAUUUGAAAUUAAUGAUAGUAGCUGUGAAGAAGAGCACACAGAGCCUUCAUUUUUAGAUGAUAUUGUCGAAGAAAUUCAGCCACUACUGCCAAUAGUUGGAGAUAUUCCUAGUGGUUUCUUAGUUCUUUGA